AUGGCUAAUAAUCAACACGAAAGGACUCAUAAAUAUUUGGCUGCACCAGAUGUCACAUACCAACCCUUAGGCAUCCAAUAUCCCGAUGUAGAUGCUCCAUUUGAGUUAAAAUCUGGUCUAAUCCAUUUGUUGUCUAAGUUUAAUCGUAGUGCAGGCCUUGCUCUAAUAGAGAGGAGUAUGCUUGAUGCAGCAAGCGGUAGAGCUCUCAUGGACAAGACACCAUCUACAAUCAGAGCACUAAUUGACAACAUGAUAGAGAACUCUCAGCAGUUUAAUACAAGAGCCAUGGCACUAAUGAGAAAGAAUGUCAAUGCCUCCAUUCAAGACUUGCAAACACAGAUUGGCCAACUUGCUACCAUUGUAAACCAGUUCAAGUCUCAAAGUUCUGAACAACUCCCUUCUCAAAUAGAGGUUAAUCCUAGAAACGUGAGUGCCAUAAUAUUGAGGAGUGGGAAGGAGCUGUUAGGCAACCAGAAAGAUGACGAGGUACAAGAUGAUGUGGAUGUAGAGAAGCAGCAAAACACAGAGCAACAAACUGCCCCUAGCAGUUCAGAAAUUGUGCAGAAACCACCCCUUCCCUUUUCAAAUAGAGUGGCCAAGCCAAGACCACCAACAGACUUUGAUAAGGAGCUUUUUGAGACAUUCAGAAGAGUAGAAGUGAACAUUCCAUUGUUGGAUGAGAUAAAACAAAUUCCAAAAUAUGCAAAGUUCCUUAAAAAGUUGUGCACUAAAAAGGAGAGACUGAAAGGGGAUGAAAGAGUCAACAUGGGGAGGAACGUGUCAACCCUCAUACAGCCGAAUAUGCCACAGAAGUGCAAGGAUCCUGGCACUUUUACUGUCCCUUGCACUAUUGGAAAUUCCACCUGCAGCAAUGCAUUACUUGAUCUUGGUGCUUCCAUAAAUUUGAUGCAUACAUUAAUCUACAGGUCUUUGAGCCUCAACCCUCUAAAGCAAACUGGUGUAGUCAUUCAAUUGGCAAAUAGGAGCAUUGCAUUCUCUGCUAGAGUAGUAGAAGACAUACUAGUGAGAGUGGAUAAGCUGAUAUUCCCCGCAGAUUUCUACAUUCUAGAGAUGGCAGAAGAGUCCAACAUGCCUACAUUGAUCCUUGGUAGACCUUUCCUGGAAACAACAAGGACAAAGAUUGAUGUGUACUCAGGAAUUCUAUUCAUGGAGUUUGGAGACGAUAUUGUGCAGUUCAACAUCUUUGAGGCCAUGAAACAUCCAUCAGAGCUACAUAGUGCAUUUCAUAUAGAUAUUAUUGAUGUUUUAAUUGAGGAGUUUUGUACUGAUUUUUCUGAUAUUUCUAGUUGUACAUGCACUAUAGGAGAUUUAUGCAAAAUUUGUGCUGAAAUAGAUACAUAUUUAAUAAUUGAUGAUGUUUCAUGUGAUGCAGCAGGAGGUUUGGAAAACUCUGGCUUGAUGCAUGCUGUAGAAUUAGACUUCUCCACCAAGACACUUCUCUCUAUUAUGCAGCCACCUGCACUUGAACUGAAGCCUUUGCCCAAGCACUUGAAGUAUGCAUUUUUAGAGGCUGAUAACAAGCUGUCAGUGAUUAUUUCAGCAUAUUUGGAUGCUGCAUAA